GCCAGUCAGUCUACUGUACCGCCUCCACCCCCGUCGCUCUCUUAUUCGUGUGCAGGUCAAUGCUGCCUCACAAGCCCUCCAAGGUUGUUUCCCUUGUCCUGGAGAGGGGCGAGUUGUGCAGCAACAAUUCGGUAUCUGCCACUCCCGGCCGGCCUCUUUUGUACAUAUUUCAACGCCCAAGCCCUUGCUACUUCAGACCUACUAGCCCUCUCGAGCUUAUCCACCCACCUUCAAUGUUUUUAAUAAUACCUUGAGUAGGACCUACCGAUUGUCCUCACUCACCACCUUCUUAUCUUCUUUUCUACCGGUUGCGCUCGCUAUUACUUACAAGAGAACGUCUCAAGGCUGAGCCGACCCGCCACCACAGCGGCUCGAUCGAAUAUACCGGUACUUCUUUCACCCCCACGACACACUCUGUGGGCUCUCGGCACGAAGCGAAACCUUACUGGCCUUCACACUUACCACACAGCCAAGCCAUGAUGGCUGAGGAAACUUCAAAUCAGCGGCCUGGUUCCGGGAGCAGUGGCUCGUCUAGUCGCAACCCGACACCAGUCAACGACAGCGAGCUCAGGGCGGACAAGACAAGGGCAGACCCAGAAAAGCUGUCCGAAAAGUUACCAGGGAACGAUAGCGAGGAUCAUGUCGACCUGCAGAAGCUGGAUUCCAAGGUCAUCAGGCCUCAGGCUGACAAGAAGUCGGACCCUUACGAGGGCAUGCCACCUGAGCAGGCCGAGAUAUUACGGCGCCAGGUCGAGACCCCGGAUGUCAAGGUGGGCGUCGCCACGCUGUAUCGAUAUGCUACACGGGUCGAUCUUAUCCUUCUGCUCAUUGGGUCCAUAUGCGCCAUCGCCUCCGGAGCCAUCCUGCCUGUGAUGACUGUUAUCUUCGGAAGUCUCCAAGGCACCUUCGCCGGCUUCUUCAACGGCACAAAGACCUACGACCAGUUCAUGGACGGCAUGACCGACCUCGUCCUCAUCUUUGUCUACCUCGGCAUCGGCGAGUUCGUCACCUCCUACGUCGCAACCGUCGUCUACAUCUACACCGGCGAGCACAUCGCUGGCAAGAUCCGGGAGCACUACCUCGAGAGCUGUCUUAAGCAGAACAUAGGCUUCUUCGACAACGUUGGCUCUGGCGAGGUCGUCACCCGUAUCACGGCCGACACGAACUUGAUCCAGGACGGAAUCAGCGAGAAGAUCUCCCUGACCCUGGCUGCCCUGGCUUCUUUCGUCGGCGCCUUCAUCAUCGCCUUCAUCAUGUACUGGAAACUGACAUUGAUUCUCUGCUCCGUCGUUGUGGCGAUUGUGACCAUCAUGGCAACCUGUGCGCAGUUUAUCGUCAAGUUCAGCAAAAAGAACAUCCACUCGUAUGCGCUCGGCGGUACUGUUGCUGAGGAGACUCUCAGCUCCGUCCGCAACGCGGUGGCUUUCGGGACCCAGGACAGGCUGGCCAAGCUGUAUGACGCCCACCUUAUCAAGGCCGAGUUCUACGGCAUCCGGCUCAAGAGUGUCAUUGCCAUCAUGAUCGGAUUCCUCAUGCUCAUCAUGAACUGGUGUUAUGGCCUGGCCUUCUGGAUGGGCUCCAGAUAUCUGGUUGACGGCAUCAUCCCCCUGCAGAAGGUGCUCACCAUUGCCAUGUCCGUCAUGAUCGGCGCAUUUGCGCUGGGCAACGUCACACCCAAUGUGCAGGCUUUCACGACCGCCCUCGGUGCUGCUGCAAAGAUCUAUACCACCAUCGACCGGAACUCGGCCCUCGACAGCUCAUCUAACGAGGGUGAGAAGCUCGAGAGGGUAGAGGGAAGCAUCAAGCUCGAGAACGUCAAGAUGAUCUACCCGUCCCGGCCCGAUGUUGUAGUCAUGGAUGACGUGACCCUCGAAUUACCGGCCGGCAAGACCACUGCCCUCGUUGGCGCAUCAGGCUCCGGUAAGUCGACAAUCGUGGGUCUGAUCGAGCGUUUCUACAACCCAGUCAAGGGCAAGGUGUACCUGGAUGGCCACGAUAUCUCGACUCUCAACCUGCGGUGGUUACGGCAGCAGAUCGCACUGGUCAGCCAGGAACCCACGCUUUUCGGUACCACCAUCUACGAGAACAUCCGCCAUGGUCUGGUCGGCACCAAGCACGAGCACGAGAGCCCUGAGAGGCAGAAGGAGCUCAUCGAGGCUGCGGCCGUCAAGGCAUUUGCCCACGACUUCAUCUCCGCCCUUCCGGAGGGCUACCAGACGAAUGUUGGUGAGCGCGGUUUCCUGCUCUCGGGCGGCCAGAAGCAGAGAAUCGCCAUUUCACGAGCCAUUGUAUCCGACCCCAAGAUUUUGCUGCUGGAUGAGGCGACAUCAGCCUUGGACUCUCGCAGUGAAGGUGUCGUACAAGCAGCUCUGGAGCAGGCCUCGGAAGGACGAACCACCAUUGCCAUCGCUCACCGUCUUUCCACCAUCCGAGACGCUCACAACAUUGUCGUCAUGAGCCAAGGGCGCAUUGUUGAGCAGGGUACCCACAAUGACCUACUCGCAAAGCGGGGUGCGUAUCACUCGCUGGUUACCGCGCAGGAGAUCGCCAGGGUUGAAGAGACGGAUGAGGAGGAUGGGGCAUCCGGGCAUGAGAACUUGGCUGAGAAGAAGGUUUCGAACGGUGAGACCGCAGUCGAGCAUGAAGCGGACCCAGACGACGCCAACAUAGCCUCGAGGCUGAACCGCCAGGCCACAUCCAAGUCGGUCUCGAGCGUUGCCCUUCAGGGACGCAAGCCCGAGGAGCAGAAGAAGUACUCCACGUGGACACUUAUCAAGACCAUUGCGUCAUUCAACAAGGAAGAGUGGAAGCUGAUGGUUGUCGGUCUGUUCUUCGCCGCGCUUUCCGGCGGCGGCAAUCCAGUCAUGUCCUUCAUCUUCGCCAACAUCAUCACCGAGUUGAGCGUGCCCGUCAAUGCUCAGACCAUCCCGGGGAUCAAGGCCAGCGCCCAUUUCUGGUGCUUGAUGUACCUGAUGUUGGGCCUGUCCAUGCUCAUCUGCUUCUCGGUCCAGGGCGUCAUCUUCGCCUUCGGCUCGGAGCGUAUGAUCCACAGAGCACGCGACAGGGCUUUCCGGUCCAUGCUCCGCCAGGACGUCGAGUUUUACGACCGCGACGAGAACACCGCCGGCGCCCUCACGUCCUUCCUCAGCACGGAGACGACACACAUGGCAGGACUCUCGGGUGCUACCCUCGGAACCAUCCUCAUGACCAUCUCGACCCUCGUCACCUGCAUCGUCGUCUCACUUGCCAUAGGCUGGAAGCUCGCCCUGGUUUGUAUCUCAAUAGUGCCCGUGCUGCUGGCUUGCGGCUUCUUCCGAGUCUGGAUGCUGUCGCGGUUCCAAACCCGCUCCAAGAAAGCGUAUGCCUCUUCUGCCAGCUAUGCCUCUGAAGCUGUCACGGCCAUCAGGACAGUCGCUUCGCUGACCCGUGAGGACGACGUGCUGGCCAAGUACCGUGAGAGCAUCGCCAACCAGCUGAAGAUCAGCACAAAGUCGGUGCUGAAGUCCUCGUCCCUGUACGCAGCCAGCCAGUCGUUCAUGUUCCUGUGCUUCGCCCUGGGCUUCUGGUACGGUGGCACUCUGAUCGCCAAGAGGGAGUACGGGCUCUUCGAGUUCUUCCUCGUUUUCAGUCAGGUCAUAUUCGGGGCCCAAUCUGCAGGCACCAUCUUCUCCUUCGCCCCCGACAUGGGCAAGGCACAAACCGCCGCCGGGGAGCUGAGGAAGCUCGCGGACCGGAGGCCCCAGAUCGACACGUGGUCCGAGGACGGCGAACGGGUCUCGCGCAGCGAGAAGGACAGCAUCCAGGGCACGAUUGAGUUCCGCGACGUACACUUUAGAUAUCCCACACGCCCGGACGUGCCCGUCCUCAGGGGCCUGAACCUCCAGGUCCAACCCGGCCAGUACAUCGCGCUCGUGGGUCCCAGCGGGUGCGGAAAGAGCACGACGAUCGCGCUGCUGGAGCGUUUCUACAACCCGCUCGCGGGUGGCGUCUUUGUGGACGGGCGCGAGAUCUCGUCGCUCAACGUCAACGACUACCGCAGCUUCAUCGCGCUCGUGAGCCAGGAGCCGACGCUGUACGCGGGCACGAUCCGCGACAACAUCCUGCUGGGCGCGACGAACCCGGAGACCGUCACCGACGGGCAGAUCGAGGCCGUGUGCCGCGAGGCCAACAUCUACGAGUUCGUCAUGUCGCUGCCCGACGGCUUCGGCACCCUCGUCGGGUCCAAGGGCACGCUGCUGUCAGGCGGCCAGAAGCAGCGGCUGGCCAUCGCGCGCGCCCUCAUCCGCGACCCCAAAAUCUUGCUGCUGGAUGAGGCAACCUCGGCCCUCGACUCGGAGUCGGAGCACGUCGUGCAGGCGGCGCUGGACCGCGCCGCCAAGGGCCGCACCACCAUUGCCGUCGCGCACAGGCUGUCCACCAUCGCCAAGGCGGACUGCAUCUACGUCUUUGAGAAGGGCGUCGUCGUCGAGCAGGGCACGCACCAGGACCUCAUGCGCGCCAACGGGAGGUACGCCGAGCUCGUGCGGCUGCAGAGCCUGGAGAAGAGCUGAGUGGGUGGUUGACGAGUGCUGAUUUGCGUCUGUUCGUUGUUAUGUCCUGCAUACACAGGUUCUGUAUAUCUUGAUAAAAAGCGAGUUGCAUUUUGUAGAGCGCGGUCAUGUCUGGCCGUUGCAUGGUAUGGGUAGGCCUUGGGUCAGAGGCUUUUUGCAUAGACAUGGCGUUGGGCAUUGACAUGGCGGUUGCAUUCUUCUCAUCUCGUCUCGGAGGGUCCGGGACGGGACUGACGGUAGAUGGGUAACUAUGAAUAAUUAUGAGCAACUCUGUUUAGAAAGCUUAAUGCUAUUCAUCGUGACGACAUCAUAGCUGAGGAGUCGGCUGAUCCAAGCAGGCCAC